AUGACAACAGCAUCACAGGCCGUACCACUUCAAACCGACCCUGACCACAUGACAUCUCAUCUCCAACCUCAUCCUCAAGAGAUAUCAUUCCCCCUGCCUAAGGCUCUUCAUACGACAGCGCACAUCCAUCUAACGAUACUGGAUACAUGUGCCACGGUGUUUCUCGCCACGUCGACCCCCGGAGACUCGGGAGGGACGCUGAAACCCAUGGGAAGUUUCGUUUAUGCCAUGCCUGAUACUCAGCGCACCAAUUCACGCUCAGCCAUCUCCACAACGCUAUACAACUCGCCCUCUGUGGAAUACACCACGCGCGUCGCCAAAAUCCUCGCUCGUCGCAUGGGGAUCCCUGUCUACGUAGGCUGUAGCCUCGACCCGACGGCUCUAGGUCUCACCGUGGAAGAGGAGAUGGAGGGGUUGGCCAAGAUAGUGGAUGUGAUUAUGGCGCGUUGGGAGCGAAAGAAUUAG